AUGGCUGGCCUCAGCUGUGGGGAGGGGAACGCUAACACUGAUCAGGAACUUGGAAGUAACAGCCCUCCACAGAGGAACUGGAAGGGAAUUGCGAUUGCGCUCCUGGUGAUUCUAGUUGUUUGUUCACUCAUCACUAUGUCUGUCAUUCUUUUAACCCCAGAUGAACUUGCAAAUUCAUCAGAAACCCGAUUGUCCUUGGAAGAUCUCUUCAGAAAAGAGUUCAUUGUUCAUAAUCCAGAAGCUAAAUGGAUUAAUGAUACAGCAGUGGUGUAUAAAAAUAGGAAUGGACAUGUUGUUGAACUGAAUAUAGAAACAAAUACGACAACAUUAUUAUUGGAAAAUACAACUUUUGUAACGUUCAAAGCAUCAAGAUACUCUGUUUCACCAGACUUAAGAUUUGUUCUUCUUGCAUAUGAUGUUAAACAGGUUUUUCAUUAUUCUUAUACAGCUUCAUAUGUGAUUUAUAACAUACACACAAGGGAAGUUUGGGAGUUAAACCCUCCAGAAGUAGAGGAUUCAGUUUUGCAGUAUGCAGCGUGGGGCAUCCAAGGACAGCAACUGAUUUAUAUUUUUGAAAAUAACAUCUACUACCAGCCUGAUGUAAAGAGUAGCUCAUUGCGCCUGACAUCUUCAGGAAAAGAAGGAAUUAUUUUUAAUGGAAUUGCAGACUGGUUAUACGAAGAGGAACUUCUUCAUUCUCACAUUGCCCACUGGUGGUCUCCAGAUGGUGAAAGACUGGCAUUUCUGACCAUAAAUGACUCUUUGGUACCAAACAUGGUUAUUCCCCAAUUUACUGGUGGUCUGUAUCCAAAAGGAAAGCAGUAUCCGUAUCCUAAGGCAGGUCAAACAAACCCAACAGUAAAGCUGUUUGUAGUUAAUCUGUAUGGACCAGCACAUACACUGGAACUGAUGCCACCUGACAGCUUUAAAUCAAGGGAAUAUUACAUUACCAUGGUGAAAUGGGUAAGCAAUACUAAGGCUGUGGUGAGAUGGUUAAACAGACCUCAGAAUCACUCCAUCCUUACUGUUUGUGAAACCACAACUGGAGCUUGCAGCAAGAAAUAUGAAAUGCAGUCAGACCUCUGGCUUCCUAAACAGAAUGAAGAACCAGUUUUCUCCAAGGAUGGCAGUAAGUUCUUCAUGACUGUCCCAGUGAAGCAGGGAGGCAGGGGUGAAUUUCACCACAUCGCCAUGUUUAUUGUUCAGGCUAAAAGUGAACAAAUCAGUGUGAGACACCUGACAUCAGGAAACUGGGAAGUUAUCAGAAUCCUGGCAUAUGAUGAAAAUACUCAAAAGAUUUAUUUCUUAAGCACAGAAGAAUCCCCAAGAGGAAGACAGCUACAUAGUGUAUCAACAGUGGGAUCAUUGAAUCGUCAGUGUCUCUCAUGUAACUUCUUGAAAGACCAGUGCACAUACUUCAGUGCAAAGUUUAGCCCCAUGAAUAGGCAUUUUUUACUGCACUGUAAAGGGCCAGGUGUUCCAGUUGUUAGCGUGCACAGUACAAGUAAUAAUGCAAAGUUCUACAUUUUGGAAAAUAAUGCUGUAUUAAAAGAAGCUGUUUUAAAAAAAAAGAAUUCCAGGACUGAAAUUAAAAUGCUUCACAUUGAGGAUUACGAACUCCCUUUACAGUUGUCACUGCCAAAGGAUUUCACAGAUCGAAACCAGUACGCCCUUCUAUUAAUAAUUGAUGAAGCUCCAGGCAGCCAGUUGGUUACAGAUAAGUUUCACAUUGACUGGGACUCAGUGCUUGUCAACUCUGAUAAUGUCAUCGUAGCUCGAUUUGAUGGCAGAGGGAGUGGAUUUCAAGGCCUUAAGAUUCUACAGGAGGUCCACCGACGCUUAGGAUCAGUAGAAGUGAAGGACCAAAUAGCAGCUGUAGAAUGGAUAUUGAAACAGCCCUUUGUUGAUCCUAAGAGACUGAGUGUAUUUGGAAAGGGAUACGGUGGCUACAUUACAUCAAUGAUCCUGAAAUCCAGUGAACGGCUCUUCAAGUGUGGAGCUGUGGUGGCACCAGUUACAGAUAUGAAGUUGUACGCAUCAGCUUUUUCAGAAAGAUACCUUGGUAUUCCAUCAAAAGAGGAAAAUGCCUAUCAGGCAUCCAGUGUAUUACACAAUCUUCAUGGUUUAAAAGAAGAAAAUUUGCUAAUAGUUCAUGGGACAGCUGACGCUAAAGUCCACUUCCAGCAUUCAGCAGAACUAAUUAAACAUCUAAUAAAAGCUGGACUUAAUUACACUAUGCAGAUCUACCCGGAUGAAGGUCAUAAUGUUGCUUCUGAGAAAAGCAAAUAUCACCUUUACAGCACAAUCCUUGGGUUUUUUAAUGCUUGUUUAAAGGAGGAGACACCAAUUUUACCACAGGAACCUGAAGAGGAUGAAUAAGGAAGCCUGUUUGUGUAGUACUGAAGGGGACUUACUUUUAAGCUCAAUAAAACCUUAAAUAAAAGUGACUGUAAGAUUGCAGAUUCUGGAAAAGCUCAAGGGCAGCUAAAGGAUAUCACAGUGGAACAGCACAUUUACAGACAAUGAGCUAAUAAACUGGAAUUCAACUAAAAAGUCCAAACAUAUUACCAAGGGACGAAACCUUUACUUUUGUGGAAGGUCAACAGUUGGUUACAGUUUCCUGGAAGAACUUAGUUUCGCAUAAGUGUAGGGUUAGUGCAUGUUUGUUAUGUUAAGCCUCACUGUUGGUUCUGUAAGUGGUUGCUCGUUUUUUAAUUUAAAUGCACAUCUUUAUUCAUCUUUGCAUAAUGCACAACCUAUCAUAAGUAUUAUGGCCACUAAUAUUUUAAAAGGUGAGCUGCAAUCUAACACUCUACUGUAACAUUAAAAUAAGUGCAAUUUUUUUGCUGUCUAUUACACGUAAGAAACCACAGAGAUAAUAAAGGGCACGAUAUUUUCUCUAGUUUCUGCUCAAAGGGGAUAUAUUGUCUAAUGCAUCAUAUAACAUUGAUACUGAAAAUUAUUUUUUCCCCCAAUUUCAGCAUUUACUAUUAUUACUGUACCAAUAAGUGACCAAUAAGGGACUUUCUGGUAGUGUACUCUUGGUCUUUAUGAAUAUACCCAGGACUUGCUAAGCAGAAAAUCUUUUUGAGCUUGAAGAAUUUUUUCCAGACAUAAGUAACAGCUGUAUUUAAAACAGUAUCUGCCAUGGAAAUAUUUCCCCAGGCCAAAACGUAUCUAUUGUUUCUUUAAAAUAUG